AUGGAGUCAUCAUUGAACAACGUGGCCCUGCGCCCAUGGCCGGCCCCAAAGAAGGAGGAGCUGACGCAGGAUGACCUGCUAUUCAAGAUCGAGCAGCUAGCGAGCGAACGCGGGCAUUUGCGCAACAUCACCGAACAGUCGCUACAGGAGGACAUUGACGCGGGCAAAGAUGUACCAGACGACGCUGCCGAGGGAGCCGAUAACGCGAAGAAGGAAAAGGAAGUGCCUUCCCGGCAGGAGCAGCUAGAGAAGGUGUUCAAAGCCGGGCAGGAGAUGUAUAGUCAUCUGGAAUGGGCCAAAUUCGCUGCUACCAACGCGCUCGAUCUCGUCUCCCUCAUCCUCUCCCAAGACCCAAACAAACGCGCCCUCAACUUCUUCAGUCCGACGUUUCGAGAGCAGGGCCUAAACCAGGGCAUACCACUCGGCUCUUUCGGCAUGAGCAAGGAGAACCACGAACAUCGCACUCGCAAGCCAGACGAGGUACAACGACUUCAAGAUCUCGCGUCCAAACAAGAAAUAGCUGCCCAGGGAGCACGCAUGGGGGCGCUCGACUCUUCGGUAGACGAGAUAUUGAAGGCUGCGAAACAUUUGGAGAAGGAGAUACGCCGAGAGACAAAGUACUGGCAUGAGAUAGUGUCCGUCUCCGACAAGGGGUGGCCCAUUCAGCGACUGCGCCAGAAUGUACGCCAUUCGCCCUUUGCCGUGCGUUAUGGACUUCCCGAAGCGAGUGGCCAUUUCAAAGCGCGUGGCUUCGCUCCUCUUCAGAUGGACAAGGACGGCAGCAUCAUUCUCGAUCCGAGUCUCGCGCUCAAACCGAAGACAUUCCGCGUGCGAAUCAGUGUCGACGGUAAGAUGACAGGCACAUCACAACUCCCUCUCGACGGCGAAAACUCCGCUCAGUCUCUGGAAAAGUCUAUACAACUUGCCCGUGAUUCAUUACUAGAGGAAGAGCUGUACUACGAAAUGAGUCUCGAAACUCGGCAACUGCGAGCCUACGGUGUCGAAUUUCGGGAUUCUGUCAUUCAGAUAGACGUGCCUAGCACGGGCAAUGCAUCGCAAGAUCGAAAGCUGCUCAUCGAUUGCAUACCCCGGGACGAUCCUAUAGCGAGCACCCAAGGGCAUGAGUACGAUUGGCUGGCUCGCAACAUCGCCGAGGCGCUCCGACUGCUCCUAGCGCACGAGCACAGCAUGCGUCUCUAUCGAAGAUCGCAGCUUCCACCUCCAUUGACAGGCCAAAAGCGGGAUAAGCCUCCUCCACCUUUGCUGCGUACGCUUCUUGCGGUAUCCAAUCACAUUGCAGGUGUCGACUCGCUUUACGUCUAUCUUGGUCUCGUCGCCAAAACACUGAACAACGCAGGCCUUGAUGCGAGUCUGGAGACCACACGUGAGACGUCUUGGGCGACCCUUUCGGAGAGUUUGAAGACGACGCCAAAGAAAGGCAUGUCCGCCACCGACCAGCUGCUUGAAAUCUUCAUGAAGCCUUUCGAUGGAAAAGCGACUUUGACCAUACCCACCCCGAAUGGCACACAGCCAGAGAGUCUGGUCGUCGUUACACGCACAAUCAUCGGUCAACCGACGUUUGGCACAGAGCACAAGCUGACCCUUCCAUCCACUCUGAGUUCCGAUCUUGGCUUGUUCCAGCAGCAUAAAUUUGCCACCGUCGAGGAGCUGAAGUCGUAUCUAGACUGGAUCCUGUCCCUACAUAUUGCGCAUAGACUUUUGAAGAGUGAGUAUGCCUCGCGCGCGCAGACGAGAACUCAGAAUCCACGGCUCUCGAUUCGUCAAAGCAAGGAAACCAAGAAAGGCACCAAGUCUACAAGAGACAUCAGAGUUGACUUCAACAAUGGAGAGCUAAAGGUAACUAUGCUGGCGGUUGACGCAACAUCGGAAGCAGAAGACGGUGAGCACUCGCAUACUUGGAGUGAGACAGGCGACAAUGCUUCUCUGAAAGAAGUCAUCAAAGAGUGGGUUGGUUAG